AUGACCACGGUUACCAUCGUGACCACCAUGAACACCAUGACCACGGUUACCAUCGUGACCACCAUGAACACCAUGACCACGGUUACCAUCGUGACCACCAUGAACACCAUGACCACGGUUACCAUCGUGACCACCAUGAACACCAUGACCACGGUUACCAUCGUGACCACCAUGAACACCAUGACCACUGUUACCAUCGUGACCACCAUGAACACCAUGACCACGGUUACCAUCGUGACCACCAUGAACACCAUGACCACGGUUACCAUCGUGACCACCAUGAACACCAUGACCACGGUUACCAUCGUGACCACCAUGAACACCAUGACCACGGUUACCAUCGUGACCACUAUGAACACCAUGACCACGGUUACCAUCGUGACCACUAUGAACACCAUGACCACGGUUACCAUCGUGACCACUAUGAACACCAUAACCACGUCACCAUCGUGA